AUGAGGGCAGUGGUUCUACUUUUCAGAAAAAGAACAAUAACCGACAGCGAGGAAUACGUCUUCCCAAGUAUCGAAAAGGUAAAGGUCACGAUAGAGGGGAAACCGAAUGCUGUAUAUAGUCAGGGACUAACAUACGAGAAUUUCUACGACGAAGCAAAAAGACUGUUCGGAAUGGCUAACAACGCCUGUAACGACAACAUAAGCGUCAGGAAAUUCUACAAGGAGAAAUUCGCACUGGUGAUCGAUCUGAGAGCUGUUGAUGACAGCCAUAUCGUUGGAAGUGGGAAAAAGAUUCUCGGCGACAAUCCCGGAAUCCUUCUGGAAAUCGAAACAGACGGAAGUUCCGAAGACAUCCUCUGUAACAUCUUUGUGCUAUCCGAUGGACUCAUAAACAUCAGCGAAAAGACCCUUCAGGGUAUUAGUUAUUAA